GCGGGAUAUUCGCCAUGCCGUCUCGCGCACUGGCCGUCGGGACGCCAUAAAUGCCGACGAGGCCGCACAGCGACGCCGCGGAGCCGGUGGACGCCGUCGCCGACGACGGUCCACCAGCACCUGGUGAACCCGCCGCCGCCGAGCACGAGCAAACUAGUGCGGUACCCUUGACGAGUGUUGACAGUGUGAAAAAAAGACCAGUGUCGUACCCCUGGGGCCCCGAAGCGAGGCUAGAGGUGCUAGAAGUACCGGAAAACUUUGAACCUUCGGCGAAAAGAAGCUCCGACCCCCCUAAGCCUACUAUACCGGUGAACAAGGCGAAAACUCAGGUGAAGCCGUUCACCAAAGAGUCCCUGGAGCGGUUGGAGAAGAAAACUGUUCAGCUGGUGCGCGAGUACGGGUUUCAGCCGCGUAGGAAGCUCAGUGUCGAAGAUGGUUCACGUCUUCCAGCUAAAUACGAACCUUUUCCGCAGAAGCUCUACGGCAAACCUCUCGAGGAGAUCGACAACUUCAUCUAUGACGAGGUAAACUUUUGCAGAACUAAGGAACGUGCUGCUAAUAAAAAACCUUUUUAUUAUGGGAUAGUAUUGGAUAUAACCCAACAACAACAUUUCUAUAAAAGGUUUUUAUAAUUUGAACUAGCCUGUAAAGGGGUAAGAAACUUUUUAAAAACACCUUGUGUCAAUUUUGUAAAAGCUUUUUGUUUUAAUAAUGGAGCGCAACGAUAUUUUAUAUUAAUCCCGGCGCAUUCGCCAUUUUUG